AUGGCCGCCGUAACAACCAACGGCGAUGCCGCCGCAGCAACCGUUCUCGACGAUAUCAAACCUCCCGCUGGAGUUGUCCUUCCUCCCCGCGAGAUUCGAAAUGUCCUAGAAAAGACAGCCGGUUACGUAGCGCGCAAUGGCGCCGUUUUCGAGGAUCGCAUCCGCGAAAAGGAGCGCUCCAACCCGAAAUUCAGCUUUCUCAACCCUGCCGAUGCCUACCACCCCUUCUAUCAAUGGCGACUCGAUGAGGUUAAGAGUGGGCGUGGUACAGCUAUUGCUGCUGGUCGCGCGGGUGAGCCUGUAGCUGAGGCUCCUAAACCCGUGGGACCCCCGAAGCCUGCCGAUUUCCAAUUCUCUGCGCGAACGCCUCGUAUCAACCGAAAGGAUCUGGAUGUGAUUCAAAUUUCGGCUCUCUUUGUAGCGAAGAAUGGCCGUCAAUUUAUGACACAAUUGGCUCAGCGCGAAGCUGGCAACCCGCAGUUUGGGUUCCUCAUCCCCAACCACACCCUCCACAACUUUUUCCAGCACAUUGUCGACCAAUACACAACAUUAAUACGUGCGAGUGGCCUGAGCGGAGAAGGUGGCAAGCUUCAGGAGGAGCGGGUCAAGGCCCUCGAAGCCAACAUUAACGACAAGUUCCUCGUCCUGAACCGCGCCAAGCAACGAGCCGAAUAUGCCAAAUAUGUCGAGUCUGAACGCCAAAAGAGAGAGGAGGAAGAGGUUAAGGAGAAGGAAGAGUUUGCGCAGAUCGACUGGAGUGACUUUGUCGUUGUUGAAACCAUCACCUUCAACGAGGCCGACGAGCAAGCGAACCUUCCACCCCCGACCAACUUGUCCGAACUUCAGUAUGCAUCCCUCGAAGACCGUAAUAAUGCAUCCAUCAGCGCAAGUCUUAGAAUCGAGGAGGCCAUGCCAGACGAAGAUACCAGCUACAACGCAUAUCCCAACCAGGCUAUCCCUUACCCCAUGGCUCCCCAACAACCGGCCUACCAGCCUGUCCAGAUGCCUCCUCCAUUACAGCCAUACUCCCCUGGCCCACAACAACCACAGCGGUCAGCUCAGGAGGAGGAAGAGGAGCGUCGUAUCCAGGAACGCGCAGAGCAACAGGCACGCAAGCAGCAGGCUGCCGCCGAAGCUCGUGGUGGUGCUCCUCCGAUGAAAAUCAAGGAGAAUUAUGUGCCCCGUGCAGCUCAAAAAGCUGCUAAUAGACAAGGUGCCCAGAUGGCGCUGUGUCCCAAUUGUAAACAGGAGAUUCCUAUGAAUGAGCUGGAAGCUCAUAUGCGAAUUGAAUUGCUCGACCCUCGUUGGAAAGAACAGAAGGCCAAGGCAGACUCGAGAUAUGCCUCUUCAAACAUGUCUCACGUCGAUGUCGCCAACAACCUCAAGCGUCUUGCCAGCCAGCGUAGCGACGUCUUCGACCCAGUUACCGGACAGGCUCUUUCUGAAGAUGAACUGGCGCGCAGAAAGAAGGCCGCCAUCCACAGUUACGAUGGCGCAAUGGACGCUAAGAGCCAAGCCCAGCUUGGCCAUAUGCAAAAUGUUAAUGUCGAGGAACAGAUCCGUGCCAUCCACCAAAAGUUUGCCGACAAGAAGUGA